GUUUUUAAACCGAAAGUAGGUUUUUCAUGAGAAGCUUGCAGAGCUGAAAACAGUUUGAAGGAAUGGCAACUUCUGAGGAACCAAUCAGACAACUUCUGAGUCGCCCCGACCUAAAUGAGAUGUGUAAAAAUCUACCAGAUUACCUUACGAGUGCUCAGCAUCAGUAUCAAAACCUUCUUGAGUAUCUCCGAAAGCUAAAACAAGACUACCCAGAAAAGGCCAAGAUGUUAGAGAGAAAAGGAAAAUCAACUAAAACAAAGAAUGCAGACUUUAGCGCAACUUUGACAAAGGAUAAAGAGAUAUCUGCUUUAUACACUGUGUUGAAUGUGACAGAAUCAAAAGAGGAAGAGUGGGACGAGUUUUAUUAUCUUUUGAAUGCAAGAUACUUCUUAAAAGAGGCUUAUGGUCAUGAUGCAAAAGCAUUUUCUACCAGUUGUGAUAGACAAACAAUGGGCACCGUUUUAGGAUCAGGCAACAACCCGACCCAUCAGAAUAUAGGAGGCCGUCCUGCCUCAAGGUCUUUUACACAGGGAAUGGCGAAUGCUUCGGGUAUGUCCAUGAACAUCUCUGAUCCCCAAAACACACACCAUGGACUUUCUGGAGAACGUGGAAGGGGAAAAGCAGACCGGGCGCCCAACACAGGAAAGUCUGAAAUUCAACUAACGACCAAAACAGGAACGUCUGAAAAACAGCAAACAGAUCUCCAAAAAGAUAACCGCCAUUUACCCACACAUCAAUCCGCGCACACAGAGAAGAUGACAACACAUCCAACACAUGCUGAUGGUCAUGGUGCAAUAGCAUCUCCUACUAGUUCUGACAGACAGACAAUGGGCAUCGUUUUAGGAUCAGAGAACAGCCCCACCCAUCAGAAUAUAGGAGGUCGUCCUGAUUCACAGUCUUUUACACAGGGAAUGGCGAUUGGAUCUGAUAUGUCCAAGAACAUUUCUGAUCCUCGAAAAACAUACCAUGGAUGUUCAGGAGAACCUGGAAGACAAAAACCAGAACAGCCGACUAAAACAGGAAAGAAUGAAAUCCAACCAACGGUUAAAGCAGGAAAGCCAGAAAGACAACAAACAGAUAGUACAACUGGAGAUAUCGUCAACGCUGAGCGCGAGGUAGAAAGGCCAAUUUCUCAACUUCUUUCAACGAGAAGGUCAAAGGAAGCUGAAACGGCGUAUCAGAAACUUCUGGAUAAUCAGAAACGUAGGUUCAAAGAUCGUCAGAAUUUACAGACGUAUAAAAAAUCUACUGAUAUCGAUAUCGAAGACAUAACAGAUGAACAGAGAAAACAAUCACCAGGUUUAUUUGAUUAUCUGAAGGACACAUUUGAAAAAACAAAAGACAAAUCACAAGAAUUAGUUAAAAGAGCAUUGUAUGAAUUCAUAAUUCUAACUGGUGCCUCAUAUGAUCCUCCAGCAGAUAAAAAAACAAAGGGGGCGUCGGCCGCUGCACCCAAUUAUCCGAAAAAAGAUGUGCCUUGUGCCUCGGUCAAUAAUGUGAAUAAAAUAUCACAAUCGGAGUAUGCAAAGUUGAAGCCAAUACAGAAGGCAUUGAAUAAACUUAAACUGACUUGUACAGAUUUGACGGCGGCAGAAAAACAGUAUUAUCAGUUGUUCAAACGAGACGAAAACUUUAAAAGGAGAUUUCCUGAACAACACAGAGAACUGCAAGUUUUCAUGACAGACCCAGAAGAAUGCGCUAUAGCUUCUUACGAAGCUUUGUAUUCUGCUCUAAGAAGGUUACAAAAAACGGAUCCCUUAUACAGAGAGGCGUGGGAGGAAUUCUUUUUUCUUAUAACAUCUGAACAACAAUUUAUUAUUGCAGAAAGCUGUGGCAAACUUACCCAGACCGUUUAUAACAAACAUAGCGAUACUAUGGUGAUACCACGCAAAUCAUACGAAGAGCUUCAAAAUGAACUCGUGGAGAAAAUUAAACAGAUCGACGAAUUGACAUCAAGAUUAAGCAAGUUUGCUAGCCAGCAGCUGACGGCGGGCAAUCCUAACAUAGCAGACCUGAGUGACAAGCAUCGGCCUACAAAGAUUGGCGAGUUCUACAGUGAGCUGUACGACAACGAGUGGUCGGAGGCGUUCGAAGUGAUCAAACCCCUGGUAUACCCUAACGCUACUGAGGAUCCAGACACCGAGUAUUUUGAAGAAGUCCUCCGGAUUCUAAAAAAUAUUUUAAUGGCUGCGUAUGAGUUUUCUGCUGAGAGAACAGAAAAACAUCUCGAAGACAUUAAACUAACAUUACUUGGAACUAUAACGGACCAGGAAAAAGAUAAAGCAAAAGGAACAGAGUACGACCGGUUUGUGACUGAACACGCCAUGAAGUACAGGAAGGAGGCAGCGGCUUACGCCAUCAAAAUGGCCUCAAAGGUGUUCAAACAGGAUGGUUUGCAGAAAUUCUUAAAGCAAAAAUCGGAGGAUCCCAAAUUACUUGCUUACGUCGACAAAUGCGUCGAACUAACAUGGUAUAUGCGCAUUCAAGAUCCACCAAUGCACUUACACUGUCUUCAAGAAAAGGAAACAAUUUCUAAAGCUGAGUUUGCAUUUCACGGACGAAAGGGGAAAACCACUUUGGUGUGUGUUUGGCCAGCCCUGCUUCUCUUUAAUGGAGGUCAUUUGGUGACAAAAGGUCAUGUUUUGCCGGAGGAGUAA